CGUGACAUGUCCUCCUUGCUAAUUUGCCAAGUCUUUCUGAAAAAUUUUGUUGAUGUAAAUAAAGGAAUAAGAUACAGAUCAAAGUAUAAGCUAGUAAAAUGUUGUGUGUUUGAUGUGUGAGUUGAUCAGCUCUAAGUUUUAUUAAUAUUUUAAAGCAUCCUUGUGUUUACACAGAUUUACUGUUUGAACGCAGAUGCUUCAGAUGUGGAAUAAAUGGGUAUAAGAAAAAAAACAUGUGAGCAUAUUAAUUGAGUUUUUAAUUGGUCUCUUAGUUAAAAUAAAAAGAUUUUUAUUGCCUAUAUGAAUAAUUUUCGUCAGAAUAUGUUUUUACAUAAUGUUUUUCGAUUUUACAUUUAAAUAAUGACUGGAGCAAGUAGAAGAAUAUUUUUUGUUUAUCAUUAAGCCCCAUUGUAGUGUGUUACUAACUAAUUUUAAUUUUAGAAUACUAGUAACAUAUUUUUAGUAUUUUUUGUUAUUCUGUGGCGAGCAAUGUCUGAUCUGCUAAUUUAGUAUUGCUUUUUCAUAUUUUGUUGCAAUGUUUUACCACCUUGUUUUCCAGAUAACGAUGCCCUUAGUACAAUGUAUAAAAGAAAGAUUAUUAUUUUCCUUUAUGUGCAGCUUCUUGGAGUGAGUUUACCGCAACUCCUUGUCGAAAGAAAAAGUAGUUCACAUUGUCAUGGGUUCUGUAGUUCAACUGAUUAUUUCACAAACACAGACAAAACUAAUUCUUUUUGCUCGUCCAGGAAUGCCAGCUGCGUGCGAAACUGCAACGAUUGCAAAUGUUUUGGAUCACAUACGUUUGUGUCAUACAAGCAUGGUUGUAAAAGUAUUCACCAACUUGAAAAUUUGCUGAAUGCGACCCUCUGUUUGGAAAGCACUGAUUUUUACAUGGACGUACCAACAACAAGUGAUAAAACUUUGUCUUACGGGAGUUGCGAGCAACUGACUUCAAAGCCCAGCCAAAAACUUGUUCAGUAUUGUAAAAUUCAAGAUGCUUUUGAAAUUGAACCUGCAUUUAUGAACACCGAGAGGCUUUUGGCGCAUCCGUUUAAAAUUCGACAGAUUAGCUUUUCAGAGUGCUUGAAAUGCCGAAAUUUUUCGUGCUCUUUAUCAAAUUGGGCUGGAAUGCUUAUCAAAUUGGUGCUGGAUUGUGAAGAUUACGAGGAACCCUCCGGUCUUGUUAGCAGUUGUUUCAUAUUCAAGGUUAAUGGUAUCAGAAAUGUUACCGCUCCAGCAACAACAACAACAACAACAACAACAACAACAACAAAGAAGAACACCACAGUUAUAUCAAUGAAAAAAGAAGAAGAAAAGAUUAACACAUCCACUAUAAUGAUCAUUGUUAUUUUGGUGUGCUUGUGCUUAGUAGUUCUAGUUGUAUUAUCAAUUGUGUUGCUUCGUUAUCGAAAAAAGAAGUUGAUCAGAAGAAAAAGCCAAUGUGCCCACUACCUUACAAAGGCGUCUUCAGGAGAAGAGAAUGUGUAUGCAGAGAUGGGAAAUCCUGCAUAUGAAGACACUGAUGUAACUUAUGAAUCAGGAACAAUACUCCGCUAUGCCAGACCAGAUAACAACAGAUUGUCAGACCAGGAUCCACCAGAAAGCAAAAUGGAAGAGAAUGAUUACUACAAAACUGCAGAUAUUAAUGGUAAUGAUAAAGAAUUAGCUAAUACUCUGUAUGGCAUGGAAUCAAAUCAUGAGAGGGAGCAUAUAUAUGCAGAAUCCACUGAUACACAAAAUAUCAUACCAGAGGCACAGCCAGAGUAUGCUUACACAUCUAAUGUUUUUGAUGACACAGUUAAAGACGUUUCUUAUCAGUACGCUGAAGUUAAAACGAAGAAAAAGGAUAAGCAGAAUAAUCUGAGGCCUGAAAAUAUGUUUGCAAAGAAGAUUUCUGGAUAUGAUGAAGUUGGUAGUGUAAUGGAUCCAAAAUAAAUUAUUUUUGUUUUGUGUUAUAGUUUGUUCUUGUUCUUAUACUAAUCUCUUUUAAAUGUUUUCUUAAAUAUGCAUUGUGAAAAUAAUUUACAUCAGUAGCAUGAUGAUUAUCUCAAACAUGAUUGGCUAAGAGGAAAGAUAUGAAUAGGCGGUACCUAAUGUUUUGGAAAAAGGGUUUAAUGAAACAAAAUUAACGAAAUCCUUGUUCCAGUUUUUUUAAACGAAAUGUUAUAAUUUAUAAAUAUAUUAUAAAUUAUGGAAUAAUGAAUAAUCCACGUCAGGGCUCACAAAAACCCUGAAAUUCGUGGAAAAAUGCCAUGCUGACGUCAGCAGCAGUUAGCAUAUUUCAAGAGUUUGGAAUUAACUAAAUAGUCAAAGUUCCUAAGUCCUAAAUCCACUCUGAACUUGACAAGUGAUCUGUGACAAAGCGUGAAUCUAAUAUAAAAAUACCUAUGGUGAUACUUAUCGUGACAAACUCUCCAACAUGUGAUAGGUGACGCCAUUUGUGGGAAUAUUAUAUUUCAUGUUUGCUUUUUUGUUUUUGUUCGUUUUUUUGUUUGUUUGUUUACAUGUAACACUUGUUUUUUGUUUGCUUAGUAUAAUUUCUGCAUUUGUUAGUGUAAUUUUAUCUUUCAUACAAAUUAUAAGUUGCAUUCAAUAUUUUUAUUCACUAUAAUUAACGAGCAAUUUUUAUUAAAUUUUUUAACGCAAUUUGUAAAAUUAAAAUGUAUUAUAUUUGAUAUAAAUAUGUAUAAAUAUUUUGUACAUAAGAAAAUUUAUUGCCAUUGAAAUAUUUUAACGAAUCACAUUAUUUUUAUUUAAACUAGCUUUCCAUUUUUGUCUUCAAUUCACUAACAAAAGUUUGAAACAUAGAAUGUGGGAUUUUAUGUUGAACAUGAAAAACUAUGCAACUUCACGUAUUUUUACUUCUACUUCAAAAAAAAAGAAGUGUUCCUUUUAUAUAACAUUUUCAAAAGUUAUAAUUUUGCCAGCGAGGAUAGUAGUAGUUUCCAACUCGUAACUAACUAUGUCCCAAAUGGUCAAUUGCAAUGUCACAUAUUUAAACUUCGUACCUAAACUCUCUAAGUACUUAGAAGUUAUCUAAAAGACGUUUCAGGCCAAAAUUGGUAUUUGUUUUCCACAAAAUUUGGCACAGUUAAGAAAAGUAUGCUGAACAUGAUGGUGACAUCAUAAUUUUGAUUUUUUUCACCUUAAUGUCAUUUCAGGCCGAAAUAAGUCCAAAAAUUAAAACUACUUUAUUUUCGAUAAAAUGUGGCAUAGUUAACAAAAAAAGUACGCUGAACAUGAUAGUGACAUCAAAAUGUUAAUUUUUUGUUAACUAAAUGCAGUUUAAGACCAUAAACGUUUCAAUCGCGUGACUUUCAACCAUAAAUGAUAGGCUGUAUUUUUUGUUAGCAGAAAUUGAAGAACUGGGUGGAAUUGUCGAUGUUUCAUAGUUGUGCAUUUUUAAUAGAGAGUUUAUGCAGCACCUGCAUCUUGUUGUACUUAGAAAGAUUGAUUAUUAGAAAA